UUACCGUUGUUUGUGAAGAUAUUAUUUCUGAUUGCCUUGCUUUUACUAUCAGGAUUAUUUAGCGGACUUAAUUUAGGACUAAUGGCCCUAGAUCCGACAGAAUUACAAGUAGUCAUUACGGCUGGCAACGAAACUGAACAGAAAUAUGCGAAAGUAAUCGAACCUAUUCGACGACAUGGAAAUUAUCUCCUGUGUACCAUCUUACUGGGCAACGUCUUAGUAAAUAAUACAUUAACUAUUUUAUUAGAUGAUAUCACGUCAGGGAUAGUAGCUGUCAUUGGUGCAACAAUUUCUAUUGUCAUACUUGGAGAGAUUAUACCACAAUCUAUCUGUUCCAGAUAUGGUUUAGCAAUUGGCGCUAGGACUAUCUGGUUGACUAAAUUAUUCAUGGUUGUUACGGCUCCAUUAUCUUACCCAUUAAGUAUGAUCCUUGACUGGAUUCUUGGAGCUGAAAUUGGUCGUAUUUACACUCGAGAAAAAUUAUUGAAGUUUCUUGAGAUAACCAAGAAACACAAUGACAUUGAAAACGAUGAAAUGCAAAUGAUAUCAGGUGUACUUAAUUUUAAGAAGAAAACUGUAGUAGACGUCAUGACUAAAUACGAAGACGUUUUUAUGCUCGAAAUCGACUCUAUUUUAGACUUCGAUACAAUCGACAGAAUCUACCAAAGUGGUCACAGUCGAAUCCCAGUCUAUGAAGGAGAUUGUUGUAGCGUGGUCUCAAUUUUACACGUGAAAGAUUUGGCUUUUGUUGAUCCGGAUGAUAGAUCACCUUUGCGAGCUAUCGUCGAAUUUCACAACCGUCCCGUAAAUUGGGUGUACGAUGAUACGUCAUUAGAUAGAAUGUUAGAUUAUUUUAAGAAAGGUAUUUCUCACAUGGUACUGAUUAAGGUGGUUCGACAAGUUGACGAUCGUGAUCCAGUAUAUGAUAUACUUGGAGUUGUUACUCUGGAAGACGUGAUUGAAGAACUGAUACAAAGCGAAAUCGUUGAUGAGACCGACGUUUACAUCGACAACAGGUCUCGGAAGCCAGUCCCAAAUCGAAAGAAUAUUAUUGAUUUGUCGAUGUAUCGCGAUGCUGAUUCAGUUUCGUUAUCGCCUCAACAAACCUUAGCCGUGUUUCGUUACCUUUCUUCAGUUGUAGAUCCAUUUUUUGAAGAGUUUAUAUCAGAAACGAUCCUUAAACGUCUGCUAAAGAAAGAGGUUGUCUUCGACCUUCAUGUUGCAGGUGCAACCGUUAGCAAAAAAACUUUGUACGAAAGCGGUAUACCGGCUGAUUACUUCAUUAUGAUUGUGGAAGGAAAGGUAUCUGUUAUCGUUGGCGCAGAGAAUCUCGGAUUUGAAAGUGGGUCAUUUUCGUAUUUCGGUGCUCCAUGCUUA